ACACCACAGCCUCUCAUUAAUCCAUGCGUUUCCUUCAAGGCCUCAAGAUUCUGCCCUCCAAGAAAAUCUCACCAUGAUUGGAUUGGACCCCCCGAUAGACAUUCAAACCUCCGCCCUGUGCACUUCUUUGUCCCUGAAAACGAAUCAUCAUUGGAGCAAAAGCUCAGGGAACUGAGACAAGAAACACAAGAAUGGAACCAGCAGUUCUGGGCGAACCAGAAUUUGACUUUCAGUAAGGAGAAGGAAGACUUCAUCCACUCAAGACUGCAAGGCCGAAGCCUGGGCCUGGGGGUGGAAUCAGGUCAAAAAACAACAUUGAGUGCAGAAGAAAUGGCUGACUUUUACAAGGAAUUUUUAAGUAAAAAUUUUCAGAAGCACAUGUAUUAUAACAGAGACUGGUACAGGCGUAAUUUUACCAUCACCUUCUUCAUGGGCAGAGUGGUCCUGGAGAGGAUGUGGAACAAGCUGAGACAGAAGCCAAAGAAGAGGAGCAGUUAGGCCGCCCUGGCCCAGACCUGACCCGCCAGGCUGGGCGCCACUCCUGAGGACCUGUGAGUGGCCGAGUCCCAGUUCUCGGGCAGGCCCCCUGCUCCCACCUGAUUGGGUUGCCAGCUGGCUGGUUGUCAUAGGUGUGCUGUUAAAUAAAGCUCAACCUCUGUAUGCCUCCCUUCUGUGUUUGAGUCACACCAAAUCAAAAUACAAUAGUGU